AAUACAAACAAAAAAUUUACAAAAAAAAAGAAAAAACAAGAGAAGAACAACAUCUUCCAAAUUUUCGAAAAUUGCUGUAAGAAUUGUGUCCAAGAAGAAUUUGCAGUUGAAUAAAGAGCAUUCGGUGGUAAUCGCGAUAAUUGAAAACAAAAAUAUAAAUAGAAACGGGCAAAAACAACAAAAACUCAUCGCAGAUUGGGUCUCUCUCACGGAACGCAUGCGUUCAAAAGUACACUAGUAGUGGUGUAGUACAAAGGCACUCAAUGUCAUUCAAGUUUAUCACGUACGAGAGUGCUGAAAAAAGAGAAAAAUUUCGAGAAAAAUCUGCGUGAAUAGAAUGUUCUGAGAUCUGACACAUAGAGACAGAUAAAAAAAGCAAAAAGGGAAAAGAAACUAUCGGAAAAUUACAUAACGUGAUCGAAAAAAUUGUUGUUUUGUGCGUAUUUGUCGGACGGUAAAACAAAAAUCAGACAUGAAUAAAUUGUGUAAACAGGUUUCGAUCGAGUCGCCUAGUCUCCAUAACAAGGAGUGCGUCUUCAAUUUCAUCGUGCCCGUGCCAGAUCCGCCACCAAAAGGCGCCCGUAUCUUGGUUGUCUAUGCUGGCGCCUGCUAUCACAGUCAACGCCAAUCCUCGUACUCCACAUCGAUGUCAAACGUGUCGAACAUCUCGGCCGAACUGGCGGAAUUAGCGCAACAAGGCCCCAUUGAAACACAACAAAUACCUCCAUUGAAUCCGCAGCAAAUCAGUCCAGCGCACUAUGGCAUGCGUGACGGUGCUUUGUAUCCGGGCUUCGAAGUUGCUGGCGUCAUCGAAUCCUUGGGCUCGGAUCUCGACGAGAGCUGCGGCUUCACCGUAGGUCAACGUGUCAUCCUGUAUCCCUUCAAUGAUGCGCCCGCCGGAUAUUCCGAACUGAUGGUUGUCCCCGAAAUGAAAUAUAUCAUCCCGAUUCCGGAAGAUUUGCCGCUUGCCGUUGCCGCAAUGCUCCCCACAGGUGCUCUGCUUGCCAUGAAUGCCGUCUUAUCGGCUCACAAAUUGCUCGAGAAGCUGUUCAAGGAACGUGGGCCCAAGGGAGUUUGCAAAAUCCUCAUUGUCGGCACGGGAGGCUUGGCAUUGUGGGCUGUUCGCAUUGCCGCGCAACACUUUUAUCAAGGCGAUUGUCACGAAACGAUCAAAAUCACCGUCGCCAGCUUACGAGACGAAGGCUUAUCCGUGGCCAAGGACUUUGAACACGUGAAUGUGGUGCAAUGGAACGAGGAUUUGUACGAGAAACAGAUUGUCGAACGGACAUUGGAUGCCUGCGAGGGUCCCGUUGACAUUGUCAUCGAUUUUUGCACAACGAGUCGAUCGUUGCACAGAUCCAUGCAGUGCUUGACGAAGGGCGGAAACAUUCUCAUCGGCGAGGAAGUUGCGGAAAAAUUGUUGCCUAAAUUCUCGAGACGUGCCCACGAAAAGGAUAUCAAUAUUCAGGCAGUGCCUAUUGGUACGAUCGAGCAAUUGCAUGAGUUGGUGAAAUUGGUAACGAGUGGCGAAAUUAAGCCGCCACCGCACUCCGUAUUUCCCUCGGAAGAAGCCUCCGAAGUUGUCAAGAAGUUGGCGCACUCGGAAAUUCCGGGACGUGCGAUCCUCAAGUUCCACGAUAUCGCUUAAGCAACGCUAAAUGACAACGGUAAACGGACCUCAGACAGAUUUCAUCUCUUAUACUACUAUGAAACAUUACAAGAAAAAAUAAUUAUAAGCUUCUAAGAAAGCCUCCAUACAAUUAUUAAUUAUUAUUACAUUACAUUAGUGAUAAACUUUAGGCUUUAUUUGAACGUAAUCAAUAUUUAAUGUGCACAAAAAUUAUUCAAGCGCAUGAAAAUUUAACACGAAAUAGUCAAAAACUGUUACUUAGUUGAUUCACUCUUGAAAAACAAAAAAAAAUGUAAACCAGGGAAAUCGAUCAAUAAUCAAACCAUGUAAAAUUUGUGUAAAAAGUUCAAAAAAAAAAGGUGUAUGACAUAAAAUUUA